AUGACUGGCUACAUAACUGACUACAUAACUGGCUACAUAACUGGCAACAUAACUGGCUACAUAACUGGCAACAUAACUGGCUACAUGACUGGCUACAUAACUGACUACAUAACUGGCAACAUAACUGACUACAUAACUGGCUACAUAACUGGCUACAUAACUGGCUACAUAACUGACUACAUAACUGGCAACAUAACUGACUACAUAACUGGCUACAUAACUGGCUACAUAACUGACUACAUAACUGGCUACAUAACUGGCUACAUAACUGGCUACAUAACUGACUACAUAACUGGCUACAUAACUGACUACAUAACUGGCUACAUAACUGACUACAUGACUGGCUACAUAACUGACUACAUAACUGGCAACAUAACUGGCUACAUGACUGACUACAUAACUGACUACAUAACUGGCUACAUAACUGACUACAUAACUGAGUACAUAACUGGCUACAUAACUGGCUACAUAACUGGCUACAUAACUGGCUACAUAACUGACUACAUAACUGACUACAUAACUGGCUACAUAACUGGCUACAUGACUACAUAA